UACUCGAGGAUAGGCGCCGAGUUGUUGGGGCUUAUGAGGCCAAAUCGGUUGCGACCGGCCAGAUUUGAUCCUGAUUGGCCUUCUCGCUUCGUCCCACGUCCCCUGCACUGCAACCCACCCUCAGCCCACCGUCCACGCUCUGCACACGUCCACUCUAUAUCCACCCUCCCGCAUGUCCGCCUCUUGCCCACUGAUCGAUGUCACUGUGGCGGUGUGAACGUGCGCAAUCCCUGGAAUAAUUGCGACUGAUCUAAGGGACUUGUUUCGCGCUGCUUAACCUUCGAAUUCCAUGAUACCACC